UUUCCAGGGCUGCCGCUGUUUGUCCCUGAGAUCGACACAGGGUGAAAUCUUUCCUGGCACCGCCAGCCAGGUCACAAAAGGCACGCCUCGGGAGCCAAGUACCUUGAUUCGUGAGCCUCUUGCGACCUCUACCACAACAACUGACUGAACCCAUCACCUCACAUCUCAGGCAGCCAGGCUUCUUCCUUCAUGUCGUCGCCUCUGCCUUGACAUGACGAACCCGGUGCCGCGAUGGGACGCCAGCGACAGCCCCGCGGCUGCGGCUGCAGCUGAGCUUAUCGAGGCUCAGUUUGAUCUCAGCCCCGACACCAUCAACCACAUUACGCGGCAGCUUGGCGCCAGGCUCAGACUUGGCCUGCAAUCACAGCAGCCGUUCCAGCUGCCGGCUUUCGUGACCAGCGUCCCCAACGGCUCAGAAAAGGGUACCUUUCUCGCCAUAGACCUGGGCGGGACCAACUGCCGCAUCUGCUCGGUGACCCUGAAUGGCGAUGGCACGUUCGCAGUCACGCAGAACAAGGCAGCCGUCGCCCUGGACCUGCGGGUCAACGCCAGCUACAAGCCGCUGUUCGCCUUUAUCGCGGCCAAGCUGGCGGACUUCCUGGCCGCGGAGCUAGGCCCGGGCAAGCAGGAGAGUGGCGAGACCUCGUCAGUCCCGUACCGGCUCGGCUUUACUUUCAGCUUCACCUGUGACCAGACGUCAGUGGCACAGGGGACGCUGAUCCACUGGGACAAAGGCUGGGACAUACCCGAGGCCAUUGGCAAAGACCCCUGUGUUUUGCUGCAGGAAGCCAUUGACGCCAUCAAACUACCCGUGCGGGUAUGCGUGCUCGCCAACGACAGCGUCGGCACAUUACUGACGCGCUCCUACAUCUCUCGGUCUUCGGCGCCGACGCUCGCCGGCGUCAUCUUCGGCACCGGCACAAACGCCGCGUACGUGGAGCGGCUUCACAACGUCACGCGCCUGCCCAAGGAAGAUCGACCACAUCCAGCAAGGGAAUCAGAGGACAUCAUGGUCAUCAACACGGAGUGGGGAUGCCUCGAUGACGGCAUGGGAAUCGUGCCGAGCACAGAGUUCGACGACAUGCUGGACCGCGAGUCUGCGGAUCAAGGAGGUCAGAUGCUCGAGAAGCGCGUGUCGGGAAUGUACUUGGGCGAGCUCCUGAGACUCGUCAUCGCAAGCCUGAUGGACAAGGGAGCCCUGACAAUGGUGCUCGUGGACGACUCUUCGAUGCUCAGGAGAUAUUGCAUCGACAGCUCGUUCUUGUCAGCGCUCGCGGAGCACGAGGGGGCCGGCGACGUGUGCAAGACGAGAGAUCUCAUCUCGAAAGUGGUUGGGGCGGAUAGCGUAAGCGAGGCCGAUGCGAUGAUCAUCAGCCGUGCGGCUCGGGCAAUUGCGCAACGGGCAGCCCGACUUGCUGGGGCUGCGCUGGCAGCUGUCAUUAUCCAGUCAGGCCGCCUGGGUGCCGGACAGGGCAAGGAGGCCGACCAAAAGGUUGUCGUAAAGCAGAAGACCGCCGCCGCCGUUGGCCGGACGACAAUCAUGGGUAUACUUGACGACUUCUGCGGUGCUCUGUCGCUGUUCACGAGGAAGGUCCUCCACGCAUUUGGCAUCUCUCGCUGGCGCAGCCGAGCCCCUGCGGCGAUACUCAGCGAGACUGCGGCUGGUGAGAUCAUCGACAUUGGUGUAGAUGGGUCUCUCAUUGAGUUUUACCCUGGCUUUGAAGACGAGAUGAGGGUUGCCUUGCGGCAAGUAACAGAAAUUGGUCUCGCGGGUGAGCAGAGGGUCAGGAUAGGAAUGGCGAAAGACGGCUCGGGCGUCGGCGCUGCCUUGAUGGCGCUGGCGGCCACAAAGACUGAGUAAGGUCUGGGAUUGCAUGCAUGGCGCCUUUUGCACAAAAGCACCACUGUCUCUUUGCAUUGUUUUGAUUAAGCGAUUUGACUUUCAGAUAGGGCUGAAGAGCUGUAGAGACAACGGCG